AUGAACACGGAUGAUUAUUCUUCCUCAGAAAGUGAGUCUGAAUGUGAAACCAGUGAAUAUCAAGAAACUUCACCGUCAACGUCUUGUCCAAAUCCUAAAAAACGAAAGCGACCGAAACAAACGCAAUCUUUUGUAGACAGAUGGUUGACAGAACAACAAUUUAGCGGCUGGCUAACAAAGCGACUUGGAACUGAUCAAAAGCCACAACCAUUUUGCAAAUCAUGCAAUAAAUUCGUAACUUGCUCGAAAACAGGUUUGAAACGUCACUUAAUCAGCAAGUCCCACCAGAAUAGACAUGCAACGAGUACCGCUAGCUGUAGUACUAUUACCAAUCUGUUCAAUAAGGCCACCAACCGACAUGAAACGAGUUCAAUUGAAAUUAAACUGUGUGCAUUCAUUGCAGAGCACAACCUGCCACUUUCACUUGCUGAAGACUUAGUGAAACUGCUUCGAUCGCUUUUCCCGCUCAACCAGACUUUAAGAAACGUAAUGCUUGGUAAACAAAAAGCGACUAACAUUGUGCGGCAAGUUAUCGGUUUCGACUACUUACAUGAAGCAAUUUCAGCAUUGCAAUCCCAUAGUUACAGUUUGAUCAUUGACGAGACAACGGACAUGAGCACCGCUAAACAACUUGCUGUAUUAACCACUUUCUUUGACAUGGAAAGUUUUGAGUACAAGUCAUUCUUGCUUGACAUGGCAGAAAUUGUACAAGGAACAGCAGAAGGGAUUUAUUCGACUGUGAAGCACGUGUUUGCCGAACUGCACAUUCCGAUGGAAAGAAUGAUUGGCUACUCGUCCGACACGACCAAUGUUAUGUUUGGCGAAUUUAACUCCGUCUCUCAGCUUUUAAUGUCGGAGUUCCCAAACGUCUUUUCAGUUAAAUGUUCAUGCCAUCUAAUCCAUUUAGUUUCAUCUUAUGCUGCACUGAAACUGCCAAAAGGAUUAGAAGAUUUGGUUCGCGAUGUAUAUAACCACUUUCAUCGCUCAUCCAAGCGACAAGAAGUCUACCAGCAGUUCCAAAAAUUCUAUGAUGCUGAACCCCGCAAACUGCUCUCGCCCGGGCAAACUCGCUGGCUUUCUUUACAAUUGUGCGUGGACCGCAUUUUAGAACAGUACCUUGCCUUACAACAUUACUUUGUCCUUGUUGCAAACGAAGACCCGACUCAUUCAAAUGAUCACAUUCUCAAGGCGCUUCACAAUAAGUUCACCCUCGCGUACCUCGAAUUCCUUAGCCACCAGCUUGAACGAACGUUUUAA